AUGCGAAAUGCAGUCGACGUGGAAAAAGAAGACUCGCCCGAAAGAGUUGAAGAUAAGAUUGAAAGUAGAGAAGGGGAAGGAGGAGAAUUAAGACACUCGGAUAUUGACCCGGAACUUGAUAGAAGAGUAAGAAGGAAAUUGGAUAUGCGAGUUGUGCCGCUGGUAAUGUCGCUUUACCUGCUUGCGUUUUUGGAUCGUUCAAAUAUUGGAAACGCCCGCAUCGCCGGAAUGGCCGACGACCUCUCCCUAACCAGCGACCGAUACGACUGGCUCCUAACAAUCUUCUACAUCUCCUAUAUCCUGUUUGAGCCGCAAGUUAUAAUGUGGAAACUCGUGCCUCCCCACAUCUGGGCCACCUUCUGCGUAUUCGGCUGGGGCCUUGUGUCAACCGUACAGGCCGGGAUCCAUACUUGGGCGGCGGAGAUGGCGCUCCGGUUCUUCAUGGGUGUGACUGAAGCUGGGUAUGGGCCGGGAAUCCCUUACUUGCUCUCAUUUUUCUACUUAAGGCAUGAGGUCGGGUUGCGCGUGGGAUUUUUCCUCUCAGCAGCCCCGCUGGCGAAUACGUUUGCCGGAGCGCUUGCAUUUGGGAUUACGAGCGGAAGUCCUGGGAUUGCGAAAUGGAGGGUGCUUUUUUUGGUUGAAGGGUUACCGACGAUUGUUAUGGCGGCAGUGGCUUUUUUCUUUCUGCCGGAUAGUCCGGAGAAAGCGAAGUUUUUGAAUGAGGAGGAGAAGAAAGUGGCCAAGGCAAGGGGCGUGCACCAGGCGGGCAAGGGGACGAGGGUGGGAGGAGUGAAGUGGAAGGAGCUGGGGCAGGGGUUGUCAGAUCCCAAAGGUUGGAUUCUCGGGCUAAUGUACUUCUCCUGCAAUGUCUCCUUCUCCUCCCUCCCAGUAUUCCUCCCAACCAUCCUCAAGGAAAUGGGUUUCUCCGCUAUAAACGCCCAAGGCCUAACCGCGCCUCCCUUCUUCCUCUCCUUCCUUAUCACCAUCCUAACCCCCUGGAUCGCAGACCGCACCCAACAACGCGGCAUCAUGCUCAUCAUACUCACCCUUAUCGGCGGGAUCGGCUACGUGAUCCUCGCAGCAGCGAAAACAGUGGCGGCCAGGUACUUUGGGGUGUUUAUGUCGGCGGCGGGGAUUUUUCCUGCGAUUGCGAAUAUCCUCCCUUGGGUGCUGAAUAAUCAAGGUUCGGAUACACGUCGUGGUGCAGGUAUUGUGCUACUGAAUCUUAUUGGGCAGUGUGGGCCGUUGUUGGGGACAAGGCUUUAUCCGUCGAGUGAGGGGCCGUUCUAUGUAAAGGGGCAGGCAGUGUGUGCGGCGUUUAUGUUCUUCACGACGGUUCUGGUCAUCACGUUAAGAACGAUAUUGGUGUGGGAGAAUAAGAAGUUGGAUCGUGAGUAUGGGACUUUGCAGGAGCAGAAGAGGGCUGCGAGGGAAGCAGAGUUGAGGAGAGAGGGGAGGGGUGAGCUGGCGGUUGAGAAUUAUGGGCCGUUGUUUAGGUAUGUAUUGUAG